AUGUGCAGACAUGACCAGCAUACCAGACCCCUUCCCUGUCAGCCACCCACCCCACCCCAGUCCAGCAUACCAGCCCGCUUCCCUGUCAGCCAGCCACCCACCCCACCCCAGUCCAGCCUACCAGCCCCCUUCUCUGUCAGCCAGCCAGCCACCCCACCCCAGUCCAGCCUACCAGCCCCCUUCCCUGUCAGCCACCCACCCACCCCACCCCACCCCAGUGCAGCCUACCAGUCCCCUUCCCUGUCAGCCAGCCACCCCACCCCACCCCAGUGCAGCCUACCAGUCCCCUUCCCUGUCAGCCACCCACCCCAGUCCAGCCUUCCAGCCCCCUACCCUGUCAGCCACCCACCCCACCCCAGUGCAGCCUACCAGGCCCCUACCCUGUCAGCCACCCACCCUAGCCCACGCAGCAGCAGCCCAGCAGCACGCUUUCUUACUUGA